GCCGGCUCGCGCUUCCGUCCUCGAGCUCUCGGUCUGGUGCGGCUGCGAGCCGAGAACCUCUUAGACCCCAUGGUAGUCUUGGAGCUCGCCCUCGCCACUGCGGCCGUCUCAGGGGCAGCGAUGCUCGGGACGUGGUUGCUCGGCGGCGAUGAUGUGCCCUGGCCGCCUGCACCACCCUCGCAGCCGGCGCCACCGGCUCCGCCGCCGGGGCCACCUGCACCGCCGGAUCCUCCGCACCCGCCUCCGUCUCCACCGCAGCCACCCCGGCCGCCACCAUCGCCGCCGCCGCCGCCCGACCCUCCUCUACCGCCUCCGCCGCCGCCGCCUCCGCCGCCUCCUCCUCCGCCGCCGCCAGACCCACCGCCGCCGCCGCCGCCGCCGCCGCUCCCACCGUUCGACCCGGACAGCCCGCUGCGCUUCACCGUCGACCUAGUCGACCUGGUGAGCGAGCCCGAUGACAUGCACUGGUGGGGCGUCACUGCGUGCGGCAACUACUGCGGCGUGCGCUGGUGCGGCGGCAGCCCCGUGCGCGAGCGGUACGGGCCGCGGGACCACUUCGCCUGCAACUUCUCGGUGGAGCCGGCGUUCUGCGCGGACGGCUGCUGCCGCGAGCACGACCGCUGCUGCGGCCUCGCCAACGACACGAGCAGCUGCGACCACAGCAUGAUCGAGUGCCAGCAGCGGUGCGACGCAGAGGACCUGCUGCUCAACCGGUCGCACCAGUGCGACAUGGCCGCCACCGCGAUCGCCGCGGUCUCGUCGGUGGGGCUCUGCUGCGGCCGGCCGUGCGGCGCCGACAUGUCCGAGUGGGACGCCACCGUCGUCGACACCGUCCAAGGCGCGCUCAAGGGGUGCAUGGCGGGCUGCGCUGCUGGCGGCGCCGCGGCGGGCGGCAUCGGCUGCGCGCCGGGCUGUGUGGGCGGCGGGGUGGUGGCGGGCGUGGCGGCGUGGCACGACUGGCCGCACGCGGCGCUUCCCCACCCGGGCUGGGCCGUGCUCAGCCUCCCGAUCCCCUUUGUGCCCUACUGGCAGCGCUCCGAGCCGGCCGCUGCCGCCGCCGCCCCGCCGCCCGGCGCGACCCUGCUGCUCCUCCCGCUGGCGGUGCUCGCCGCUGCCGUCGCCGCCGCGCUCGCCGCCAAGCGGCACCGGAACCGGAGGCAGCGGCGGCCCCAGCCCAGCGAGACGGUUGGCGUUGUGGGCUUGCUGUGAUCUCUCGGGGUACGUGUGCGCGUGCGUGUGCAUCAGUGGGUGGUGUGUAGGGAGAGGGUGCGGCCCCGUGUUGGAGAGAGAGGUGCACGUGGAGCAUGGCGUGUGCCGAAUAAAUAAAUAGAGCA